GAGAAUAAUUUUAAAGCCAUGUAAGUUGUCCAGAUAAAGAGUCUACUUGCAAAUUUGCUGCCAAUGAACAUCCCUGUGGUAUUUUGUGUCAUUUGCAAAUGAACACAUACUGUGAGUCAAACACUCACCUCUUCCACCAGCCCAUGCAAACUCAGUCUGUGAUGACAGAAAUCAUAGAAUAUGAUCAUCUUACUGUCUCACACUAAAAGUAAUGUGGAGUUUUUAGGUAGGCAGCAACAUCUUUAUCACUCUGUGUUCUUGUAGUGCCAUGAUCAUGUUUGCUCAGUAUGUGCAAGGAAGCACAUUCACCAAAGCAGUUAAAAUGGCUGAAGCUGUAACGGACCUUGCCAAAAGGUGCGCUGCUGCAGAUGGAGACAACCCAGAUUGUCUGAAGCCUUUGAAACAAGGGUCUGAAUGUUGGUUUAAGUUCAGUGAAAGCUGGACAGUGUGUUCCAAAACCAUUUCACUUCAAAGUCUAUCUUGGCAUAAUAGUAGCUAUCAGAGAAUGACAUAUCAUUUAUGUUUUAGAGGUCAGUCUGACAUUCAUUGCAGUCAAAGCAGGAGGAAAGAAAAAGAGAGAAACUAUACAUUUAUGCAAGUGAGGGCUUGUUGGGUUAACAAGUCUCCCCAGAAAGCUCACAAGAGUAAAAUGGAAUGCUCACAUGCAUCACCUUUUUUUAAUUUUUCACAGGACAAGAUUUUCCUCGAUACGAUAUGCCAGGAGGAAAAUCUUCCCAGGUUUACUGACUGCUGUGCUAAAAAGGACCCUGAAAGAAAUGAUUGCUUCCUCUCCCUUAAAAAUUCAUCAAGAGCAUUCAUUUCUCCUUUUGAAAGGCCAAAUGCUGAAGCUGCCUGCAAAAAUUAUUCACAGAAUCAACAUUCGUUAACAGGAUAUUUCAUCUACGAGGUUUCCAGAAGGCAUCCUUUCCUCUAUGCCCCAACAAUCCUUUCUGUUGCUAUCCAUUAUGAUGAGAUGAUGAAGGACUGCUGUAGAAGUGCCGAAAACCCCAUUCAUAACCUGGAGGAAUGCUUUCGGAGACAGGCGCCAAAGGUAGUGAAGCCAGUCAGAGAAGAUGGCCUGAGGCAGGAACACACAUGUGGAAUUCUGAAGAAGUUUGGAGAAAGGACCAUAAAGGCUCUGAAACUUGCUCAGAUAAGCCAGAAAUUUCCUAAAGCUGAUUUUGUUACUGUUAGCAAACUUGUGAUGGAUAUUGCUAACAUGCACAAGGACUGCUGUCGUGGAGAUAUGCUGGAGUGUAUGCAUGAUAGGGAAGAGAUUCUACACUAUGUCUGCACCAACCAAGACAUCAUAUCAAGUAAAAUUAAAAAGUGCUGUGAAAAGCCACUGUUACAAAGAAGUGAAUGCAUAAUUAAUGCAGAAAAUGACGACAAACCUGCAAACUUGUCCCCCCAUGUCAGGGAGUUUAUAGAAGACAAAGGAACAUGUGAACGCUUUGCUCAGGAAAAAGAUACCCACUUAGCCAGGUUUCUCUAUGAAUAUUCCAGAAGACACCCUGAAUUUUCUGCUCAAAUGCUUUUAAGAAUCGGUAAAGGAUAUGAGGACCUACUGGAUGAGUGCUGCAAAACUGGUUCUCCACAAGACUGCUGCAGCAGAGGGGAAGAAGAGCUGAAGAAACACAUUUAUGAAACGGAAAGUGUGAUGAAAACAAGCUGUGACAUUUACAAGGAAAAAGGAGACUACUAUUUCCAAAACGAGCUUCUCAUGAGCUUCACCAAGAAGAUGCCUCAGCUAACAUCUGCAGAGCUAAUAAAAUUCACCAAACAAAUGACUACAAUUGGCUCCAAAUGCUGCCAGUUAAGCCAGGACAAGCUAUUGCCUUGUGCUGAAGAAAACCUGGAUCUUGUGCUUGGAGAAAUAUGUAGAAGACACCUAACCAACCCAAUAAACCCUGGUGUUUGCCACUGCUGUAGUAGCUCCUACGCUCUUAGGAGGCCAUGCAUGGGGAAACUAGAAAUUGAUGAGAAUUAUGUGCCCUUAUCAUUGACUCCUGGUCUGUUCACUUUCCACGAAGACUUGUGUACGACAGAAGAAGAAAAGUUACAGCACAAGAAGCAGGAAAUGCUCAUCAACCUCAUCAAAUACAAGCCCCAGAUCACACAGGAACAGCUGACCUCCGUCACUGCGGCUUUUACUGCCAUGAGGGAACAGUGCUGCAAAGAAGAAAACCAUGAAGCAUGUUUUGAGAAAGAGGGUCCGGAACUUAUAAAAAGAAGUGAAAAAAUGUUGUCAGCAUAAAGAGCUCACAAAGCAUAUUGGAAGGUAUUUGCUGAAGGUUAUGGAGUCACACAAAUUUAACCGUGAGCAUAUCUUUUCUAAAUAUUCAUGAGGUAUAAACAGGAACAUAGGAGUAGUUAUAGUGGAGAAUACCAUGUUGUGGCUCUUUACUCACAAACCUAACAAAGUCAUGAUAACUUAGACCUGCUACAGUUCUGCCACUGUUUGAUUUUCCACAGUGAACAA